CUCUCUCUCUCUUUUUGUUGAACAAACCCCGCCUUCGCGUUUCGCCGGCAGGCUCGUUUUCCCUCCUUUCUCUCACCGUCUCACAACAGAAAAAAUCCGACAAACAGCCUUGGUUCCUUGAAAGAGCGAGGUAAAAGGAGGGCUGUUGCAGAAGCCAGGAACAAAGGAGUCGAACUAAAAGGGUUCCCCUUCAUCCGUCCAACGGCACCCCAAACCAGCGAAAAUCUUGGUCGAGUUGAGAAACGCUCCGAUCCAUCUACCGAGGCAAACGAAGCAUCCCAAAACGUGGGGUGGAAAAAAGGAAAUAAUACGAGUACUUCGGGCGCCCGGCACAAAAAACCCUGAUUUGCAGCCCUGCGCAGAGGCUGUUGCGGCCCAAAGACACCAAAAACGGAAGGGCCUUGUUUUUUUCCUUUUUCCUGUUUCCGAUCCCAAAUCGACGCCCGCUCAUCAGCUGCUGCUGCUACCCCAGAUCUGACUGAGCCCCGUGUCGAUCCCCCGGGCACCGAGAGACAAUGGCAGACCUGGAGCCCAACUGGCGAGUCCGCUUUCUGGCGGGCCAGCCUCCCGCCAUCGUGCGGGUGCGCAAUCUUCAGACGUCCAUCGCUGGACCGUCUGAUGCCUGGAACAGGAAAGGAAGGCCGCAGCCGCUGUGCGUGUCGGCGUCCGUCAUGCUAAAGGAGGCCUUUGACACGUCAUCCUCCGCCGACAAAGUCGAGUCCGACACCGUUCACUACGGCCUCCUCAGCAAAGCGAUACUGGCUUCGUUGGAGUCACAGCAGCAGCAACAAGACGCAGAGAAAUCCGGCAGCGCGGCUAGCACAAGUCAGUCAUCAAGUCUGCGGGACGUUGUCAACACCAUCUGGAAUGAUCUCACCGGCCAGGACCGCCACGGAAAGUCCAAGGCCACAGACGAGGAGCCCGAGGUCAACACCUCGUUCUUGAAGCCGUCGACAAUCCGAUGUCUCGAGCUCACAGUCCACCUCCCCAAGGCCUCGCUGCUCGGAGGCGGCGUCAGCCUCACCAGAAUAGCACUCUUUGGGCGCGACGGCGAGUCAAGGCCUCAACCCAGGGGUAUGAGCCUCAGGAUCCACGACCUCCGAGUUCCCACUCUCAUCGGCGUCAACGACAACGAGAGAAAGGCCAAGCAGGUCGUCGUUGCGACCAUUGAGAUCGACAAGUUCAACAUCGAUGAGGAUGUCUUCACAAUGAUCGAAGCGGAGGCAGUCGAGGUCAUGAGCAAAUCGGCGUUCGAGACGCUUGAGGCGUUGGCCAACACUCUGGCCUUCCGGCUCGCCAGCUACCUGCACUCGUCUCAGGCUGGAUCCAUGAACAGGAAGGGCUGGCCGAUCAAGAUUGCGCUCGAGAAACCCAUCGCGGUUGUCCUUGCCGAUGCGGCCUGCGUGCAGCUGAGCGUAAAUUCGUCCGAAGUGCUGGGCGGAAUCCAGUGA